UCUCGAGCAGGUGCAACCUUCGACCUUUGGUCUCUGGCUUCAUUGAUCAACUCUCGAGCUCUCUCAAAGGUCUUCUCGGUUUGCAUCAGCCUGUGCAAACACAGUAAACAUCUUUUAUUUCUUAAUUCUGUUUCGUUUCAGGAGAAUCUAACAAAAUACGGCUUGAAAGAAUUAAUGGAUUAUAAAGUUAAUGUUGAAGGAUGUGUAAACUGUCAUACCUUCACCAUCGAAGGAUUGGGAAAAGGGAAUGUCCUAUCUGGAAAUCAGAUGGUCCAAAUCCGUAUUACGAAAGGUGGCCCUCUCCCCUUCUCUUUCGACAUUCUAUCAGUGUGCUUCCAGUAUGGCAAUCGAAUAUUCACAAAGUAUCCAAAAGAAAUACCCAGCUACUUUAGGCAAUGCUUUCCAGCAGGUUUUACAAUGGAAAGAUCGCUUCGUUUUGAAGAUGGUGGAUGCUUGGAUAUCCGGUCGGAUGUAAGUCUUUUUCAGGGGAAGUUUGUUUACAAGAUAGAAUGCAGAGGAGAAAACUUUCCCAGUGAUGGUCCAAUAAUGAGCAAGUCAUUGUUAGGUUUGCAACCAUCAUUUGAAACAGUUUUCGCAAGAAAUAGUUCGGUUGUUGGUGAAGUCAUUCUUUCCUUUAAACUAAAACAAGGCAAACACCAUACUUGUCACAUGAAGACACUAUACAGGUCGAAGCAGCCUGUGUCCAAUAUGCCAAAUUAUCAUUUUAUUCAACAUCGUUUGGAGAAAACUAAUGUUUCGGCUGAAGGAAAUUACAUCGAGCAACAUGAAACAGCGAUCGCUCAAAAUUCGUCAAUACGUAAACCAAUUGGAUCUCUUUAUUAUUGGUCUUCUUAACCUACGUAUACCUUUACGACCAAUCAUACAAGGCUUUCAUUCGACGUCAUAGCUGAAGGAUUGCAAAAAGCUAUAGGAGUGCUUUUUGAGCUUUCUCUUUUGAAGUUUUGCUUGUUUUCCUUUGUUAGGAUCGAGCAGUAAUCGGGAACGUUUGAACUUUUCUUUCGUAAUUACCAACGAUUAUCUGUUUUUCCAUACAAAAUUCUUUUAUAAAGAAAAAUGUAAGUUUUAAUUAGUUGGUUGACGCAGACAAACUUUGUUUUUCGAACUGCAGUUACAAUAAAUACUAGAUAUAAAUCGUUGUUUUCAAUGAAAAUAUGUGUAAAUAUGUGAAAUUCUCUACUCAAAUAUGCCUAUUGGAGCAUGAAAUGCAAUUAUUCUCAUCUGUUUCAUGAUAAUGGUCUUUAAUUUACAUAGCACGACCAAAUUUGCGGGCUGGCUACGCCACUGUGUACGAUCGAUCCGUAUAAUCAACAAUAUACAUAUCAAUGGUUGAUUUAAGGCUGUUAUCGACGUAUGAUUCUUAAUGUGUAGUUUUGCUGAAACACUAAUGAUAAACAGGUUUCUUAAGCAAAGUUGUGAGACCAAAGAUCGUCUUUUGAGGCAAACUACAGUGCCAAUGAGGGAAGGGGACGUGAAAUUACAAUUGCUAUCUGGCGAACACAGUUGUGAAAAGCUGAAUAUUUUUUUAGUUUAGCCCUGCUCGCAAUUACCUAAAUGAUGUUGAACACCAUUUGUGUGAAAAUAAAUGGAAUUUAUGUAAAUCAAUUGAAAUGGAAUAAAUAAAUGGAAUAAAUGGAAAAAAA